CCCAGCAGAGAAAGGAGAUACCGGGAACAUUGGUUUGCCUGGAACGGAGGGAAAGAAAGGAGAGCCUGUAGGUGUACAGUCACAACAACAUGACGGACAUGUAUCACUGCAUGCAGCGGUUGACUGACUCUCCAUCACACUUGGUUUAGGUCAAUGUCUCACGUCACUGACUUCGCCCAUUGUUCAGGAACAUCAACACUCUUGUGUUUCUAAUUAUAUUCCUAGCCUGAUAAAUGCACAAAUGAAAAAUCCCAGCUUUAUUAAUCAUGUUAUGUUCCCCUUGAGUGAGUGUUGCAUCUCCCAUCAGUAUUGUGAUGGUGAUGCAGGACUGCUCAGCUCGCACAGUGUGUUUACGAGCCGCUAGUUGACCGCACAUCCCUCUUGUUUUGUUUUGUUCCCAUGGUCUCGCCUCUGAAGGGAAAACCAGGACCUCCGGGAGGCGCGCAACUCAGUUCAGACAACAGUAUCCUGACUAGGGUGAUCAAGGGUGAACCAGGACAUCCCGGAGAGCCCGGUCUCAGAGGGGAGACAGGUCUGCCUGGACAAAGGGGUCCUGAUGGAAAACCAGGAUCUCCAGGAACGGGAGGGUCUGUGUCAGGGAGAGAUGGUCUGGAUGGGUUACCAGGAAAACCUGGAUCCAAGGGUGACCCAGGAAAGACAGGCGAGCCAGGAACGAGGGGAGAGAAAGGAGACCAAGGCAGGGUGGGGAUUGCUGGAAUGCCUGGUUUACCUGGGACCCCAGGUAGACCUGGCAUUGAUGGAAAGAGAGGUCUGGCUGGAAAAGAUGGAGAGCAAGGACAAAGAGGAGAUGAUGGCAAAAAGGGUGAUACAGGUGAAUCGGGGACUGAGGGUAAAAAAGGGGAAUUGGGUGCUCCGGGCCCACCUGGUACCCAUGUUCUGGUUACUCAACAAGAGGGUGCCACCCUUGAAGAGAUGAGACAAGCAUUCCCUUUGCCAAUGGGACCUCCUGGGGCUAAAGGUCCACCAGGGAUGAAGGGUGACGCUGGUCUUCCAGGGAAAGCAGCUGACAUGAAGAACAUUGAAGUAAUGUUUGAAGACUAUGGCAUAAGGCUGCCCUUGCUGAAGGCACUGAUUGACAGGCUGCUGCAGGACGGCAUGGAGGAGCUUCUGCAGGAGCUAACCACCUCUAGGAGAGUCAAUGAGAAGGAGAAACACGGCUCCAACAUUAUCACUGACUACACAAGUAAAGUAAAGUAUGAGAUCUCCAAGGAGCCUCUGACAGAGAUGGACACCAUAGAGGAGGCAGUUGACUCUGACCUAGACAGACAGCUACCAGAACCUAACUCUGAUGCUUUGAAUGAAACGGUGGAGGGCCCCACAUUCUGGAACCUCACCCCUCUUCAUGGUCUUAAUGGCCUCCAAGACGUGGGGAGGAUAGAGAGCACCUCUAAGGGGAUAGAGGGGACACUGACAGUGGACGAGGACUUCAGUGAAGCUCCCUCGCCCAAGUUGCCUUUAUCAAACUCAACAUUUAACAACACAACGUCUGAAGAGAGGGUCUCUGAGGUACCAGGGGCAAUAGUAGAAACUGUUCACCUCAGUGAGGAAGACUCCUUGAAGAAGAAGAAGAGUCGAGAACGGAAGGGCAAGGGACAGAAAGGACGACAUAAGAGGCAAAGACAACGCCUGACGAGUACAGAGGAGGAAGAGGAAGCGGAGGAGGAGGAAUUAUACGACAGGGAUGAGUACAGUUAUGAAUAUGAGGAUUCCACAGAUGAUCCCUUACUGUCAAUGGAAAAGCAAGGGGAGUUUGAAACCACAACAGAAAGCACACUACAUGGAAUGAGCAAAGAGAGUGGCCUGACAACUUUAGGUCCAUAUCCAUCCCAGUCACCGGGACACAGUGAAAAGCAGGGGGAAUUCAUCACACCUAUCCUUCCCAGCACAACGGAGGAAACAGAGAAGGACCUUUCCUCAAUCCAGAAAGAUUGAGACUGUAGAUUUGUAAGCACGGAGUGUUUGUAUAAACUGUGAAGUGAAGUGUAUCGCUGGUGAGGAGCAGUCUACCCUUAACCUGACCAGCAUAACAUGAGGAGGGACUUCGCUUCGUCGCGCAAUGAUGAUGCAAUUUGUCCAAUGUCACUCGUCCAAUUCCACUUCUAUGACCAGAAUCGUGUUAUAUACUUAAUUCAAAUACCUAAAAGAUGAACAAUACAUAGGUAAAGCUCAGUUAAAUCAAGACAGUGUAUUAUAUAACGAUUAUUGGACUAAUAAAUUCUUCCAUCAGAUGUCAGUGUUAUUUUAGCAUUGACUUUGCAGAAACUAAUUUAUUUAUUAAAGAAGUUGAAAACGUUACAUUGGACCUAAGCUGUAGUAUCUCUCUGUCGCUUCGGUAUUACAACAGUUUUUACCUCCUCGUCAUUUCUUCAACCAUAUUCUAAUGUUUUCAGUGUAUCGCUGCUUAUCAAUUCCUCAACCAAAUGUUAUUUAUUGAAAACAUGGAAAUAGAUUGUAUUUUGUUCCUUUUCUGUAUUAGUUACUACUUUUUCAAUGAAAUGUGUUUCCAUCAUAUUCUUCAGAAUAUAUAGUAUUCAAACCUGUUUACACUGGUGAAAUGUUGGCAGUCUAAAGUUUUCUAUUUGUAUUUAACCUCUCUGUGUGCAUCUAAGUAAAUGUUCAAAUGAU